AUGAGUAACCCCCAAUUGGCUGAAUGGGCGAAGGAAACCUUUGGCCUUCAAAAAGCUCCUGAUGCUUCUAUAAUCUCAAAGAUUUUGAAGAGAGGAGACCAGAGCUUGAUAAUGCAAGCUGAUCAAAUUGAAGAAGCAGUGAUUCUUUAG